AAAUGCUGAACUCCUCCUCCUCAUCAUCUCACUGGGCGCAUCUGCAGGCUGCAGGAGCAGAGCGAUAUGAGUUUACACGGAUACAUUUAAACUAAGCUUUUCCUCUCUGCUCACUGAAUAUCCCUCAAAAAGAGAUGUUGGAUUUUUGAAUUAAAGGCGAGUAGCAACUCUGGCUCAGUUGAAAUACUCGCUUUGUCACAUUCAAUCUAAUUGAAUUGAGAUCACAAUGGGAUUACGCAUAUUUGGCAUGCCACUUUACGCAUAUGCGUGCGUCUAUUUUUUUGUUUUCAUCCUGCAAGCUGCCCGGUCUCAAACCAAUCCGGGGACUCAGCAAGGAGACAACCAAAGAGCGGCUCUCCGGCAGACGCUACAGUGGUCUCACAACGGCAAGGUCUUUAGCAUAUUGAGCCAGGGGUCGGAGUACCAGCCACCGAGGCGGAGGGGCGCACCUCAGGAGCAAGUGCAGGCGCGACCUGUCACCAUCAUUCGUGAUGCGAGCGUGAGACAACCGGACAAUCCGAGCCAGCCGGCGGCCCAGCAGCAGCAGCCUCCCCGGCCGGCAUCCAAUCCUCACAGCCCCCGCGGGCUCCCGCCUCCGCUCCAGAGGCUCCUGAGAGGGCAAGAGAACCGCCAGCAUCCCCAUGACCGCCCCGCUGAGCGCACGGAGACGCAGAGGAGAAGCAAUGACACCGAGCAGAAGCUCACUGUCAGCCCACCUCCGCCCCGGAGAGAAGACAUGAUGGUCGGUGAUGACCCCUACGACCCCUACAAGUCCAUCGACAGCGAUAAUCCGUAUUACAAUCAUUAUGACGUCUAUGAGAGGCCGAGGUCGAGAUCAAGAUCGAGACCCGGAUAUGGAACAAGGUAUCAUCAGUACGGUCUGCCCGAUCUCGUACCUGACCCCUACUAUAUUCAAGCCUCUGCUUAUGCCCAGAGAGUCCCAAUGUACAACCUGAGAUGUGCUGCUGAGGAGAACUGUUUGUCAAGCUCGGCUUAUUCAGCCAGAGACUAUGACACCCGUAUGCUGCUGAGGUUUCCUCAGAGAGUCAAGAACCAGGGGACGGCGGACUUCCUACCCAGCAGGCCACGUUACUCCUGGGAGUGGCACAGCUGUCAUCAGCACUUCCACAGCAUGGAUGAGUUCAGCCACUACGAGCUGCUGGAUGCCUCCACUCACCACUCGGUGGCCGAGGGCCACAAGGUCAGCUUCUGCCUGGAGGACACUUCCUGUGACUACGGCUACUACAGGCGAUAUGCCUGCACCUCACAUACACAGGGUCUGAGCCCAGGAUGUUAUGAUACCUACAACGCAGACAUCGACUGCCAGUGGAUCGACAUCACAGAUGUGAAACCUGGAAACUAUAUCCUCAAGGUCAGUGUAAAUCCACACUAUCACGUCCCAGAGUCAGACUACAGCAACAACAACGUGCGCUGUGACGUUCGCUACACUGGCAACUACGCCUACGUGUCAGGAUGUCACAUGUCAUCGUAUUAAGAGAUAACGGUCAUUUGCAGCAGCUCAGUGGAGAUGCUCUGUAAAUGACAAUGCAGAGGACUGCAUACAAAAGCAUAUAAACCACCAUGAAAUAAAUGUUAGACGUUCAUUUUAUUAUUUAAAAUACUCCCAAUUUAGAAAGAAAAAGACAAGAAAGAACAAAAAAAGACUCAUCUGACGUCAUAGUGCCAGAUAAUGUUGAAUUCUUCUUUGCUUGUGUUGUAAAGCAGCUUUCCUCCUUUCUGAUAAAUAUAUUCUUAUCUCAUCUUUUCUUACGAGCAUUUUUCAUUUCUGACUUUUUUCUAUUGCAUUGUACUGUAUGCUUGCAUUUAAUACCACUUGUAAGAUAGUUAAAGAAUAAAAUCCUUGAAAUUUAGAAGCUUAGAAUACCAAGUUACAAAGGAUAACAAUUCAAUAUCGAUUAUAUCACGAUUUUAAAAUGAACCAGCUGUAAAGGAAAAUGUAUUUGUUAUAUUUAUAUGCAAUGAAAGAAACUCUUUUUACUUCAAAGCUUUUGUUGAAACUGAGUUGAAUAAAACUUUGUGAAAGUGUA